AGGGUUCCAUCAUGUAUGCAUACAACAAUGGAGAUUUCCAUGAUUGACACAUCCUUCUAAGUGCAAUAUUUGUGGAAUGGUCCCAACCCAAGUGAAAAACAAAAAAAAUGCAUAGUCGUAGCCUUAGCCGCUCAUCAAGGGAAUCAUUCAGGUUCUUUGGGAGCCCUGACAAAGAUGAAGACCUUAGAAAGACCAAAACAGAGAUUGAGAACAAUAUCACAAAACUGCUUAAGCUUGUCAAGAACGAUGAUCAAAGCAAAAAGAAUAGGAAUCCACGGCUUGUUAGAAAAGAGGCAGAACUUGUGGGGCUAAUUGAGGACUUAAACAGCCAGUAUCAAUCACUCUUUCAAUUGUGUGAUUAUUUGAACAGAGAGUUUAUGAGAGCGAUUUCUCGCAGAAGAAGCCGAAGGGGUACCGGCUCUAACACAGACUCAGAGUCAGAGUACUUCUCCUCAGAGGAACUAGAAAACUAUACCAAGUUUUCAUUCGAUGAUGUUCUCAAGAAUGAUGAUGCAAAAGAAUAUGAGGAGCAGUUGAAUUCACAGAUGAAAGAGAUGGAGAGCCUGAGCCAGCAGAAGACGAAUCUAGAAAAUCAAAUUGAAAGCCAAUCGCUCCAAUUCGAAGAGCUAAGCGCAAAUAAUACCAGGCUGCAUGAUCGGGUCUUGGAUCUGGAAUCGUUGUUGAAAGAGGAAAAAGGUGUGGUGUCUGUUUUGGAGGAAAAACUGAAAAUCAAUGAGAAUGAAGCCAAGUCCAACAUUGAAGCAUUGAUGACACAGGUCAACAAGCUCAAUCUGGAGUUAAAGACACUGCGUACACAGAAAGAUCAAACGGAAGAGGAAAUAGAAGGUAUCAAAGAUAAAGCAUUAGCUCAAAUGAAGGACUUGAUGGACAAACUCAAUUCCAUGCAGGAAGAGUUGGACUCUGUAAACACACAGAACAAAGAAUUAGAUGCUCAGGUCAGAAAUGACAGGGAGCUGAUACUCCGAUACCUGAUUCAGAUUGAAAACCUAAGCCAAGAUUUGGCGGAGACAAGUUUGGAUAAGCAGAGUUUAAUGGACGACAAAGAGCAAUUCCUGGCAAGAAUAAAGGACUUGGAAUUUGAAUUGGAAGCAGAAAGCAUGCAGAAGAAUGCACUGGAAGCUCAGUUAAGAGACAGGAAUUAUGAUAUGAAGCUUGUGGAGGAAGAAAACAGGACUCUGCAGGACAGAAACAGUGAACUGAAGAAAGCAAUGCACCAAAGUGGCGAAGAGAUAACCGCACUUAUGAGGGUACCGGAGACCCAGAAGGAUGCGGCUUCUAUGGAGGCCAUGGCCCUAAAGGCAGAAAUGAAUAUUAUGAGAUUAGAGAUGGACAAUCUGUAUGCACAGAGAAGCAAGUUGGAGCAGCAAAUUGAGCGAAACCGGAAGGAAUAUGAAGAAAAUUUGGGAAACUUGAGCAGCAAGUUAUCGAGCCAAAUAGUAGAACGCGAGAAAACCAUAGAGGAACAAGCAGCAACCAUUCAGAGAAUAAACGAGGAGCAUAAACAGACCAAAGUUGCAUUGAAUAAGAACAAGCUGUCCCGCCAAACGGCCGAAAGGAAAAUGAUUGAGCUGGCAACGGAGUUCCGGAGGAAAAUGGAAGACAACAUCCGGCUUCUGCACCAGAGGAUCCACGUGGCGGAACAGAUGAACAACGAGAACAAAAACAAUUUCAAGAUCGUCAAUCAGAGGUACCACGAAGAGAACAAGACGCUCCAAGAGAAAAUCGCAAUUUACGAAGAAGAGCUGAAGGUGCCAAAGUUUGAUAUUGCGCCCUUGGGUGGGGAACAACACGCUUUGGUUUUUGAAGCUCUAAAUGAAUUAGAAAUGGUCACUAUGAACCGUUUGGACUCAAUAGUUGGGGACGUUGAGGAACAGAAGAAACACGUCGUGAGCCGCGUGUUUAAAAUGAUUGGAGAGGUUCAGUACGGUAAAGAAUGGAUUAAGAAAAGAAACCGUGAAUGGGAAGAAACGAAGAACAAUGCGGAGUGUCUGAGGGCACUGCUGGACAGCAAGGAGGAGCAGGAGUUCUUGCUGAGGGAGAAGGUGUGGAAGUUGGAGGCCAAGGUGAGUAAAGAAGCUGGGGAGAAACUCAACUUGAUGAAUGCGGUGAGCCAGUUAGAGAAGAAAGUGGCAAGGUUGGAGAACGCUUUGAAGGAGAAGGAGGAAGAUUUGGUUAGCCUUGGUGAGAAGAAGAGGGAAGCAAUAAAGCAACUUUGUUUUGUUGUUGAGUUUCAUAGAGAACGUUGUAGGGAUCUCAAAGAUUUGGUCAUCAAGAUGGGGGCCAACAACAACACUAACACCAAGAAAUAA